UUGGUUCAGAGCUUUUAGCGCGACGUGCUGCAACCAAUGGGAAUAUUGUUUCUCUCUACGUUGAUACGCGGACAGGAAGCUAAAGGAUUAGUCAAACACAAACUAACACAAAGAGCCGCGCGUUGCAUUUGAAGGAUAUUACACGGUAAAGUUUUGUUUUUCCUCAUGGCCUCCCCGGACGGUCCAAAUUUUGAGCGAAAGUGUAACUCUUAAGGAUACACGCUCUGGGUAAUAUAGCGCUAACUAGCUUACCAUAGCUAACUAGCUAGAAGCUAACGUUUCCCGCAGGCCGCGAGCUGCUUCCUGUUUGGUCGUCAUUGAUGAUGUAGGUUACGUCAACAAACCUAGUAUAAUCACACAUUUAGGAUUACAUAUUUUUUUUUAUAUUCAUUUGAGUUACGUUAUACGUUCAAAUUGAUUGUGUUUGUGUGAUUGAGCUUGGAGACUAGCUGUUUGGCUAGCUAGCCAACAUGAGUGAAUUUACGGACAGCAAACAGUCCGCUGACUUGGAAUCGAGGAAAAGGUGUCCAUUGCCAGACCAGGACGAGGAGUGCUCUGUGCCGAGCAAGUUCUCCAAAGUCGAGGAUCCAUCUACUAAAGCGCAGGAUCAGUCGGAAAGUUGCAAAAAUGGAGACUCUGAUAGCACUGAAGCAGCUGGGCGAGAGCCGCCGUCAAAACACGAGGAGGAAGCAGAUGCCGUGCAAAGAGCUUCGGGUUCAGAAAGUACGCACAACACUGCUUCGACAACUGCCAACAACUCCAAUUCUGGUGACCACGAAUCUGACAAACCACAGUCUUCAAAGGCUCAAACAUCUGCUGAUUCCAAGGAGGAUGACGCCAGAGAGACCACAGUACCAGAUCCCUGCACUCUUUUGGACCAGUCUGAUUCAGCGGCCAUAGCAGCUGCUGAAGCACUUGCCAGCCUCACAGGAGGAGACGGCGAAGACAGCCGAGAGACUCCAUGCUCCUCUGAAAGAGCUAAACAAGUGAAGCAGAGCAAUAAAAUGAAAAACCGUGGGGACCACCAGGCCCCGACAGCCCACUCAAAAACCCAGGCGGCUGCAGCAGACAGCUCUACAUCUAUGCACAGCACAGACAGAGAUGAUGCAGCAGGUGAAGGUGAUGAAUCUAUGUCUGGAUCUUCUUCCACACCAAGCUCCUCUUUCCCAUCUGAGAAUGAGGACAAUGAAGAUGGUGAGUGCGCCAUUGUGUCUGUUAAGAUGGCUCCCGAGAUGAGACAGUCAGUGGCUCUCCUGGCGCAGGUACAGAUGAGACUUGAAGCUCUUGAGAAGAAAAGCGCCUGGCUCCACCAGCGCCUGGAACAGAAAAUCAGCCGCAUGCGUCGGCCCCAUCUUGACCAACGCAGCUCCAUCACUAAAACAAUCCCUGGGUUCUGGGUGACUGCUCUAUUGAACCACCCACAUCUUUCUGCUCACAUCGACGAAACGGAUGAAGAUGCUCUGAGCUACAUGGUUGAUCUGGAGAUCGAGACAUUCAAGAAUCACAAAGUGGGUUUCCGAAUCCGUUUUCACUUCAGACGGAACCCAUACUUUCAGAACAACAUCAUCAUGAAGGAGCUGCACCUUGGACUUGGAGAAUCUCCCAUGUCGAUCUCCAACCCCAUCCUGUGGAACCGCGGCCAUAAUCUAACGGCCAACAGUGAACCCAGGAAGAUGUCACGUGGCGUCUACCAGACAUUUUUCAGCUGGUUCAGUGAUCACAGCAACCCUAGUCAAGAUGAUGUAGCACAGAUACUGAAGGACGACCUGUACAGGGAUCCCUUGAGAUACUACCUCACGCCACUCUGGCAACCAAGAGAGAACGGCAGUGAUGCUGGAGGCGAUGCCAGAGCUGCUGACGGCAGCAAUGGUGAUGACUGUGUGGUCAUCUCGGAUUCAGAUGAUGAUCCUGGCGAGGAAGCAAGCGAGAUGGAUCAGGGCCAUAAUGAUGGAGAGGAAGAGGAGGAAAAAGAGGAGGAGGCGCCAAGUGCAGAAGGGAGCCAGGAGGAGGACGAGGAGGAAGAGGAGGAAGGUGGCGAAAUUGUGAUUGAUGGUUCUGAUGACAGCGACCAUGAAGAUGAGGAGGCCUGAGAGGACCAGUCGUCAGAGCAUCUUCCUGAUGUCAGUUACAUUAUGCACAAAAUAUUAUAUUUUUUUAAUGUAACAAAAAUAUGGUCAUAUAGGAUUUUUAAAAUCAGGGUUACCUUAAAACAAAGCCCAGGCAACACGAUCAUAUUGUUUUAUAAAGCGUAUUCAGUAUAUGAAGUAUACACAAGAAAAUACAUCUGGAAGUGAGAAUUCUCAAUAAUAAUUGUAUGUCAGCCUGCCUUUUGGCAAAACAAAACAAAUGAUGAGAAUAUCACAGAUAUCAGAAGCGGCCAUUUUUAUCUUUUGGCUGUUUUUCUAGUUUUAUUCCAUUCAAUUAUGUUAUAUAAUCAAUUUCAGGAGCACUUAGAACCGAACCAAAACGUGUUCUCAGGGAUGGGCCUACACUCUUACACUAUUAGGGCACGUGAAUAAGCAAAUGUGUACUCUACUGUAGUAGAUAGGAACAUUAUUGUUUUAAUAAGCUUCUCGUGCUUUCUACAUCUUAACACAUGAUCCCCUACCUUGUAUGCACUGUGUGAUACUGCAUUCCUAUCCCACCCACCACCCCCCCAUCCUGCUGUAGGUGACAUUUUGUAUUUUUAAUAGAUGUUAACUUUAGCAUCUGCUUCACAUAAUGUGUAAAGAUUUUUUUGGUUUUAAGACGUUCAUUACGUUGUUUUUCUAUGCCUGGGAGCAUGUGAGCAUCAGAAGUGAUCAAGAAGUGUAGAAUGCCCCCCCCUCCCCAGCCAUGCUUUUCUCACUCUGCCUUCGGUUUGGACAGCUAAGAACUUUGGUGUAAUUAUGUUUAAGUGUGUAUGUCCUCCUACCUGUAAUUGUGGAACCCCUUUCUCAGAAAAA